UAGGACAGCAGCUAUAUACCGCACGCGCCGUGCCCCAGGACGUCAUGCACCAUUUUUAGAGAUGCUCUAAAAAUAGAAAUGUGUUGAUGAUGGUUCUGACUGUGAGGAAAUUCAUCUUCUUCAGGAUCCGGCAUCUUCUAGCUAUGAUUCUCUCCCUGGCAGCAGUAGCAGCCAUGAGUAGCGGCGGCGGAAGCAGCCUAAACUCCUCCUACCCCCUUGACACCUUCGACUCCUCCACCUCCUGGAGCCUUGCCGAGGACCCGUCCAACUCCUCCUCUGAACCCGCGGUGAGGACUCUGACCCCCGACCUGCAGCCGGCAACCACCGCCGUCGCCAUCCAUGAGGUAAACCCGUGGGACAUCGCGCUCUGCGUCACCGGGACGCUCAUCUCUUGCGAGAACGCUCUGGUGAUCGCCGUGCUGUUCUACACGCCGACGCUCCGCGCCCCCAUGUUCAUCCUGAUCGGGUCUCUGGCGGUGGCGGACCUCAUGGCCGGUCUGGGCCUCAUCUUGAACUUUGUCUUCACGUAUCUGAUCGACAGCUCCGUGGAGUUUGUGACGCUGCUGUCGGUCGGACUGCUCAUCUCCGCUUUCUCCGCGUCCGUCUUCAACAUCCUCGCCAUCACGGUGGACCGCUACCUGUCGCUGUACAACGCCCUGACCUAUCACACCGAGCGGACGGUCACCUUCACCUACCUGAUGGUGGUCUUCAUCUGGGUGCUGUGCGUGACGCUUGGCCUGCUGCCGGCGCUGGGCUGGAACUGCCUCCGAGACGAGUCCACGUGCAGCAUCCUCCGACCCGUCACCAAAAUCAACGCCGUGGUGCUCGCCGUCACUUUGCUGGUCUUCGCCAUGAUGAUGCAGCUCUACCUGCAGAUCUGCAAGAUCGCCUUCCGCCAUGCGCAGCAGAUCGCCGUGCAGCACCAGUUCGUGGCCAUCUCCACCACCAAAGGCGUCUCCACGCUGUCGGCCAUCCUGUGUGCCUUCGGGGCGUGCUGGCUGCCGUUCGCCAUGUACUCCAUCGUGGCCAACUCCAGCUACCCCAUCAUAUACACCUACGCCACGGCUCCGGCCACCUGCUGCUCCAUGAUCAACCCCAUCAUCUAUGCUUUCCGGAACCCGGACAUCCAGAAGUCGCUGUGGAUGGCCUGCUGUGGGUGCGUCCCGUCCAACCUGUCCCUCAGACCCAGGACCUCCAGUGACGUGUAG